AUAGACACAUACAUACAAUGGCAGAUAUUCUUAGUGAAGAACAGAUUGUUGACUUCAAAGAAGCCUUUGGCUUGUUUGACAAAGAUGGAGAUGGUUGCAUUACUGUUGAGGAACUUGCCACUGUGAUCCGUUCAUUGGAUCAGAACCCAACUGAAGAAGAGCUUCAAGAUAUGAUUACUGAGGUUGAUGCUGAUGGCAAUGGAACCAUUGAAUUUGAUGAGUUCUUGAACUUGAUGGCCAAGAAAAUCAAAGACACUGAUGAUGCAGAGGAGGAACUCAAAGAGGCUUUCAAGGUUUUUGACAAAGAUCAAAAUGGUUUCAUAUCAGCCAGUGAGUUGAGACAUGUAAUGAUAAAUCUAGGUGAAAAGCUAACUGAUGAAGAGGUGGAACAGAUGAUCAAAGAGGCAGAUUUGGAUGGUGAUGGUCAAGUUAACUAUGAUGAAUUUGUCAAGAUGAUGAUGGCCGUUAGAUGAAAUUAAUAAAAUUCCCUCAUCAUAAAUACAUAAUUUUUUUGUUAUCUUCAAAAUUCAUUUGGGCUUUAAUUUAUAGUUUAUUAUUCCGAUUUCCAACCUAGUUUCCCUCACAGGAAAAUAAGUUAGUUAGUUUAAUUUAAUUUAGAAAAAAUUUCAAGUGUAUUAGAAAUACCAGUGUUUCAAUUAUUUUAACCGUUGAUCUAAAUUAUAAAAAAUAUAUAUAAUAUAUAUUAAUUGAAAUCAAUGCUUAAAAUAAUUAGAACACCGAUAUUCUUGGUAUACUUGAAAUUUUUCCUUUAAUUUAAUUUGUGUGUAUUUUCUGCCUUUAGUUUCCUCCCAUGUUGUGAAUGAAUGACCUGCUUUUAGAGUAACUUCCCCUGCCACAACAAACCUACAUUUCUUUCAUUUGUUCAA